AUGGGGCAUGAGGGCAGCGGCGCCGGCGCCGGCUCUGGCGGGGAACACCGCGUGCCCGCCGACCAAUCGGAGCCCGCCUACCCCCGGCAGCCGCCCGCGCACGUGCCGGAGCCACCUAGCGAGAAGCAGUGGAACUACUCGGGACUGGACCUGAUGGGCUCCGGGGCGGCGUUCUGGCAGAACUACUCCGGUCAGUACCAGUACCACAAAUACUUGCCGGCGGUGACGGAGUCUUUGGCACAGGAGCUCGAGUUAGAGAGAAAAUCGCGCCAACAGCAACAACAGCAGCAACAGCAACAGCAACAGCAGCAGCAACACGCCGAGAGGGACGUCAAGUCGCCCCUGCAAGAAUCACGUGCUGGAUACUACAAGAAUUCAGUUCUGUUCACGAGCGCAACCUAGUUCGGCCAGUGGGGGCAGUAACGUACCAUCCACCAGCUGGACGCCGGUUACGUCUUACGAUGAUUGUGUUGCCUUUGAUUUUUGCGACAGUGUUAAUGCAACUUAACGCUACAUAGUGAUUUUGCGAAAACAGAAGAGGGAAGUUAGUAGAUCUCACAGUUUUAACGUAGGUACGAGUUUAGUGGUAAGCACUGCCUCAGUACGGGAAGAAAGACAUCUUGUUUUUAAGUCUGAGAAGAAACGGAAGCAUAGAACUCUGUAACUACAGUGUGAAAUCGUACGCCACCGCAAGUGCCGACCAACAAAUUGGACACACAGUGGCUUAGCGUAUGGUGUUAUAUGGACUGUGGGUUAGCUGAAAGCGUUUCCAGUUGAUAUGAUUUGGUUCCACAGGCGACUUACUAUUCAGUUCGAUGAAACGCAGAGACAACCAAACAGUGAAACAUGUAUUUAUCAGAUUAACAUUUAUUUAUUUAUUUCACGAUGUGUUUUCCACCGACGGAUACGACGAGAUGUCUUGAUACGUACAUUAAAUGGCCCCUGUGAAGGUUGCAAUUGCUUGCUGCUAAUUGUAACACUUGUACUGGGGCCGGGAAAGGCAUGCGGACUUAAGAAAUAGCGUUGCCGAGUGGUUGUAAACAGAAAAAAUUUUUACGUGACUGUUAUUAUUAUGAAAUACUUAAGUUAUAAAGAAGGCUGUUACAUGCAUUGUCGGUAAAACUAUCGUUUUACUUACACAGCAAAGGCUGGUUAGAAGUAAUAAAAUGCAUUGAAAUGUUUAACAUGUUUUCAAGCUUUUCCUACUUAACGGGCGUUGAUUGAUUGUGCUUAAGUUUUGGAGAUGAACUAUUGCGUCCGAUUUCUAAGAACUAGUAGCAGAUGGAGACCACAUAUCGUAGAAGCUCUUGAAACUGGUUCUAGAUUUUCGGGAAGGUGAUGUGUAAUGAAUAUAUCUACGAGACAGAACUAAUACAACUGACUGUAUGAAUAUAAUAACAUACUUAUUAAUUAUAACUUAUUAUACAUCUUUUAAACACUGUGUGAGUGGAAAGACGACUUGUGAAGGUGACUUUCUGUAUGACAGUGCAAAUUAAAUUAGAUAGCUUACCUGGAUUGUGAAAGUUGAAGUAGUUACUGUUCAAAUGCAAGAGCGAAAUAAACUGCAAAUUAAAGCAUUCUGCAGUUAAUAAGACGGAUAUCUGACAUCCUUCAACUGCAUACUUGAUGUGUACAAAAAAAUUAAAAUGUGUGAAUGGGAUGAUAAAUUUCGUUCAGAAAAGAUUUUAUGUAGCUAUUUAUGAUUGAGUGAAAAGAGGCAUAUUGAAAUGAUUGUGAACUUGAUUUUAAUGUAAUACACACGAAUCAUCUUGUAGUAAAUAAUUACAAUAUUAUCUAUAUUACAAAUAUAUAUAUAAACAAAGUAAUAGGCUUCGUAAUUCCUUGUAAAUGGUUGUUAUUACAUGCAUUUAAAUGAGUAAAAGGAACAAAUUCUCUUUGUACAUGGUAGUAUUUCAUAAAACAAAACUGGCUUCUUAUUUCUAAAACCCAUUCUUCAGAUAUCUGCCGUAGUAAUGUAAAACAUUAUCCUCUGUAUAUUGUCAGUGUUGCACAAUAACAGUCUAGUAUUAAAUAGAGGAACUGUAAUUAAUUGUAUGGGAUUUUGAGCAUGCUGUUAUAAUUUUCCAUAGUUUCAUCUACUGCAUGUCUAAGGUUUAACACCCAACAUUAACUUAUGGUACACAGUAUAAGAAAACUAUCAGUCAAAACAAAUAAUAAUCCGAAAGCGCGAAAGUAAUAACUUUCCAGUAAGGACUGCGUAUUGUUGUACCAUUUGUAAUGUCUGUUUACACAUAGAUUUUUCUACAAGCUUUUGAAAAUAAUUUUAGAACUUCCUUUAUUUAGCUCUUUAUGCUGAGUACUGGUACUUUAAUGUUUAUUCUUUAUGAUUUUUAUAAUUUCUCUCAAAUUAGGCAAAUUUAGUUCUGAUUCUAAAACCAUAUAAGUAUAUAAUACAAAUAUAUUUAUAUGUAUGAACAUUACAUUUCAUAUGCUUUCGAUUGUGGAGGUGUUGUCCUAUAUAACAGAGCGAUUUUGCAUGCAUAUGCACCGAAAUAAAGUCAUUGUUUUAUAUCAAACCUUAAAUUUAAUGAUAUUGUAAAAUGAUGGUGAUAACUAAUAAACCCCUGCAAUGUAUUGGUGUCUGCAUGUGGCAUCUCUAGAUUACAGUUGCUUCUUGUUCCCUAUUUGCAAAUAAAAGAAUUUGUUAUGUGUUAAAUUGUAACUUUUUGUUGUAUAUCAGUACAACCCACUAGCAACUUCUUUCACAAAAUAAAAUGACUCUGCAACAACUAUAAUUUUCAACACCAGUAUACGGUUCUGUAGACAAUCACAUUCAUAUCUGAUUGCUCCACUGAAAUCUUGAAGGAGAAACUGCAGGAACAGUUUUACAUAGCCUAUUCCUUUCAAAUACAUCAUUUUUAGUUUCAUAAAUGUAAUAUUUAAAGUGUCUAAAAUUGACAUGUUUGUGUUGUUUUGUACCGAAGUGUUUCAGUUAAACUUUGUGUAAGCGUAUGUUAAGUGUCAGAAAAAAAAUAACAAACUGCUACUGUA